UCCCUUGCCUAUCGUCUCUUGCAUAAAAGGUUGCUGUCCGUGUAUAUUCCACACCCACACCCCUACGCUCUAGAUAUUUUAAUGUUUACAGAAACAGAUAUAAGCCGCAUGUGCAUAGACCAGUGCUCCAAACGGUUGGGCCAUGUAACUGUCGCUGGGGACGUGACAACGAGAACUCAACGUUGACUGUAGGGAUAUCAAGCACUUUCGUUUGCAAAUUCACAAUAGUAUCAUAAAGAUGGCAUCUCCCAGAAAUGUUCGUCUGAUUCUUAUUGGAAAAACGGGUAACGGCAAGAGCACCACCGCAAACGCUAUUCUUGGGGAGGAUCUCUGUAAACCUUCCAGAGGUAUGAGUUCUGGAACACAGGUGUGCUCGUGGCACAAAGUUGUUGUCGAUGACCUCACCAUCGAGGUGACAGACACACCUGGAGUUUGCGAUACUCAUCGUGAUAAACAAGACAUUCAAAAAGAAAUCGCCAAGUGCCUCGCGACAAUGAGCCCAGGACCUGAUGCUAUUCUCCUGGUAAUCAGCGGCGAGAGAAGGUUCACAGACGAAGAACACAAGGCCUUCCUGGAUCUGAAGGAGGUAUUUGGAGAAGAUCUGACCAAGUACUUAAUACUGGUGUUCACCGCGAUAGAACUCGAAGAACUUCAGGAAUUUUUGGAAAAUAGCGAGCAACCCCCUCCUCCCAAGUUGAUAGAAGUGUUGAAAGAGGCCGCAGAUAGAUAUGCAUGUGUUAGUCCUGAUGCGCGCAACAACAAGGAAACUCGACAAAGAGAUGCAGAAUAUUUGCUAAGUAUUGUCCAUAAGCUCAGGGAAGAUACAAAAGAUUUUUACACCAACAGCAUCGUGAGGAAAUGCGAUGACAUCCUGAACGAUAACGCCAAGGAAAAAGGAGUUAAUGUUGAUGAAGUGAAGCAAGAAAUUGUCGCCGAACAAGAUAAGAAUCUCUUAAAAACUUUAUCCGAAACUGUUCCAACACAAGUAUCAAAAAACAAAACCUUUUGCUCGGUAAUGUAAGCAGCAUAAAUGUAAAAUGACUGUAUCCUAUUUUUUAUUUUUAGAGGUAAAAAUAAUGUUUAUUGCUAUGAUUUCUCUGAAAUAUGACCUGGUGAGACGGUUUAUAAUUAUGUUAACUUUAUUGUUACUAAGGAAUGCUGCUGUUAGGAUGAAGGUCUUGUAUUGUUUCCAGCUCACUAAUUCAUAUAUGUUUCUGUUGGUUUUUUUUUUUUUUUUUCUCUCAUAUACAUAUAUUUUGGACGCAGGGCACAGCUCCCGUGUUUAAAUUGCCCAUUGGGAUUAAUAAAGUCUGUUGUUAUUAUUUUUAUUGUUAUUUUUCUUCAAAUAAUUAGAUUGUAAUAAUCUACAAUGAUCUAAGCCCUCUCUGGCUAAGUAAUAAUACAGGAAUUCAAAAAUAUAGAAAUUCGAAACCCUGUUAAUGGUCAUAUUAGGCUUUGACAUUUAUAUACAGGUCUGUGAAUAAACAGCAACUCAGGCGGAAUGUGUCAAUCAUGAAAGUAGUUACUGGCGCACUUAAUUCUACUUUAGUGUUCUCGCUAAUCGGAAAUUCCCAUUGGACUAAUAUUAUCAUUAGACCGGAAAUAGCCUUAGUCUGCAGCUUCUAAAUCAUUUCUUAGAAAUAUUUCCAUGCGUUUCUAGAAAAUCCUAUAAAUCUAAGAAACAUAAACGACUUAGUUUACCUCAAAAAGUGACCUUUAACCUUGAGAAAUCUAUUUUUAUUAAUUUCGAUCGCCCUGCUGCCAGUCUAAGCCAGACAGGGCGGAGCUACAGAACUGUCAAUCGAAGUAGAAUUUUGUAGCAGCACCACCUUGUGUGUGCGUGUGUAGGACAUAUUGUUAGACUGUUUAUGUUAACAUUACUGCCGGCAGGGAACGGAUUAUUAUUAUUAGGUCAGCGCUUGCUUAAGUUCCAGCACUUUGUCUUGUUCUCUUUAUUGCUAAGUUCUAGAUGUUUUAAUUUUAGAACUACGUUUUUUAGGCUUGUUCUGUAUACAGUAUAUAUUAAAUAUAUGUUCAAAGUG